UGAAGAUAUUUGAAUGGAAAUGCGAACCAUAACUUCUGCCCCGAUAAAAUACUCGCUGUGCGGUUCGUGAUUGGUGCAGUGGAAAUAAUAAGCAGAUACUGGCAUCGCCAUGAAAACGGCUGCUGCUACAUUUUUGUAACUACAGCUGAUUCUGAAACGAUGCUGUGUAGAUACCUACAACUUUGUAGGUGAACAUAUUACCAUGGCAAUGGCAAUUAUAUGUUUCAUUCGCCCGAGAAAUAUUAGUGAUAGUGAUUGCAUUUGUCAUUUGAAAAACGAUUCUGUAGCACUAUCCUUUUUGAAAGGUAUUGAACUAAGACCGAUUGCACACUAGGAAUCAAACUAAACAUGGAUUUGGAAUCUGCUUCGAAGCAAGGUUUUUACAAUCAGAAAGACGUUUUUCUGUUGCUGUUUGCUAUCUGCCAUUAUUCGUCGUUUACCAAGCAUUUCGAAAAUAUCGCUAAUAUGGGUAAACCGAAAACGACGAUAAACAAAAAUAUAGUGGUAAACUCAGGCAGCGUUGCUAUUGAAAAGAUUUUGAAGUAGGAAUACGUCUUUCUUCACUAUACUCGGGUAUAUUCUGUGAAAACAGAAAUGAACACUUGUUCUUGGUUGGCGGAACAGAAGUUUUUGAACGCCAAUAGCUCUCAAAUAACUGUACCGAUUUUAACAAUUACUCGAAAUAAAGGUUUUGGCAUUUGGUUCGGUUAUUUCACAACUAAAUAAAAAUUUUUUUUUGAGUUAGAUCAACGUGACACAUUCCAUUCUUUGACAAUGAAAAUAUUGGACGAAUAAUUUGGCAAAAGAUUUUUUCCUGUUACGUAACACUGAUUUCAUCUGCUCCCACUGCUAUGUAACAGUUCGUAACACUAGGCGGAACCCCCUAACUCUACGAGCGUUACGUAAGUUGGAGAUGGAACCUUAGCCAUUUUUUGAAUAUCUUUUUCAGUUAAGAAAAUGCCAUUUUGCAUGUGCAAGCAUUUUGCUUGUUUUUAAUUAACCGAUGUGCUUCGAGCGGCAAAUAAAUAAAAUAGAUUUGUGCAUCCGGAAGCGUCACUCUUUCAACAAAACUUAUUGUUUAACGAGAGAGUAGUUUUGUAUGCAAUGUGUCAACUUAAUUCAUCAUGUAGUGUUACUUUGCGCGUUAACUGUACGAAAUAAUCCGUUGUUUCGUUCAGUUCAUCAGCGCGCAGCUGUAAUCGGCAGGAUCCGCACUACACUAUAAUCAGCUUCAUUCUUGCGUCUUCGCAUGUCUGCAUAAGCAUACUGGGCAAGUAGCGCUUUACCAAUAUAAACAAUUGUAUUAGGUAGUGAAGACAACCGUACGGAAUUUGCAGAGGCGAGCUUGGAUUUAAUGAUUCGUUUACGUACACGAGCGCAAUUCAGACUCAGUAAAUUUCUGUAGACAAUUUAAUAUCCACAAUAGCAACACAUACGUUUUGUUGACCAGGGAUUGUUGUAGGAGCAUUCCUAGUGUAUCGAUUUUCUAGUGAUUGGAGUGAAUUUAACAUUUCCAGACAGCUGCAAUUCCAAUUGACAAACGUCAAAACCAUGAGACGAAACAAAAAUAGUGACGAUGGCGAACAGCGUAAGCAGCUUUUUUAGCCAGAGAUCAAAAAUUUAUUUGAGCAUCCUGAAAGCGAUUGCAUCGAUACAGUGACAGGGAUCAUCUAUAGGUUUAUCUUAUUCUUGAAUUAAAAAUCUAGAAUAAAAUAAAAAUGAAAAAUCUAAAAUAAAAAGAAGUCUCUUGAAUUUAUUGUGAAUUUAUAUAAUUAUCCAAUUGACCGACAUUUCGUAUCUCAAACAUAAGCAUAUCAACAAUGAUGAACAUCAUAGUCUUUUCGGCAGCCGAGCAGGAAAGUCGUUUUUCUUGAGUGCUCUGUGAAUUACCGAAAUUAAUAUCUCGCUUCUUUCUAGCGUUGGUGUUGUGUGGCGUGCGAAUACGCGUCGUUAUUGGUGGGGGAGCCCCGACUGCCGAACAGCGCCAGUGGUAGUGGUGCUAAGCGGCGCGAUUGCUGCGUGCGCGUGUGAAGGUGGUGAGUCGUGCUUGUUUUGGCGCGAGUGCUGAAAGGUGUCGUGCUGGUCCAGCAUCAGCGUAGGUCGAUUCCCGCAGCAGAGGAGUACGGAGCUGUGGUAGUGGUUAGUUGGCGCGUGUGCUGUGGAACCCUGACGGGAGAAAAGCGUACGGCGUCGCCGCUCUGCAGUUGAAGAGACAGCGCAAGCAGUGCUGCUGAUUCACAUACAUAUAAAGAUAAGUGACACAACCUUUAUAUAUAUAUUUUUUUUUUUUAAACUUUUUAUUUCCAUAUAUACAUACAGAUAUAUUUCGAUUUCGUAUUUCCUCUCCUAUUUAUAUAUAGUCAUACUCUUUAGCUUUAAAUAUAUAAGUAUUUCAAUAUAUUCCAUAUAUUAAUUAGUAGCGGCAUAUAGUUCACAACCGCUAUGGCGGUAGGUGGAUUGCCUAUUCCACCGGACAUCUCAUCUUGCUCAGAAGGUGACGAGCCCGGGAUGGAUUUUUCUGACAUCCCGAAUAAUGAAAAUAACGCUUUUUUCGAUGUCGUUAAAAAGCGUAAAAGACCCCGUAAAACUGCCCCGGUUAUCCCAUCGAGUAAAGAUGAGUCAACUCGGGUUAAAAUGUAUCAGGUUAACCAACCUGGUCUACGUUGGGUCGUGUAUUUCCGACCCAAAAACAAGCCUCUCAGAGUUUUACAGAUAUGCAAAACUCUAAAGGAAAAGUACUCGAGCUUGACCGAGGUCUACAAGGUCAAAGCGGAUAGACUCAAGGCAACAUUCUCGGAUCCCCGACAAGCAAAUGCUGUCGUCCAGGAUCCAAAUUUCAAUAUCGAGUACCGCGUUUAUAUACCGGCACGCGUAGUUGAAAUAGAGGGUGUUAUAACCGAGGCUGACCUCACCGAAGAGGAUGUUGUGAAAGGUAUUGGAUGCUUUAAAAAUCCAUCCCUUCCUGAAAUAAAAAUCCUCGAAUGCAGGAGAAUGUAUUCGAAGGAUAAUACGGGCAAUUAUUCCCCAAAUGACUCGUUUAGAGUGACUUUUGAGGGAAAAGUACUCCCGGAUUUUGUCGAGCUCCACAAGCUUCGACUACCCGUGAGACUUUUCUUUCCAAAAGUCAUGACGUGUACGAAUUGUUUGCAGUUAGGGCACACGAAGACCUACUGCAACAAGAAACCUAAAUGCUCCAAGUGUGGUGAAAUCUCCGAGAUUAACCACGCUUGCGGCGAUCAAGAGACAAAAUGCUGUCUUUGUGGUGGUGAUCCACAUGAAGUCGAGGCGUGUCCAAAAUAUAAACAACGCUCAGAAGCGUUAAAAAAAUCGACAAAACAACGCUGUAAGCAGUCAUUUGCACAGAUGCUUAAGACUGCCUUACAGCAACAGGAAAACCCAUAUUCCAGCUUGGAACAUGACGAUCCCAAUGAUGAUGAAGAGGUAUAUCAACCUCUUCCGUCAAGUGGAGCCGUGCGUAAACGACCAAGCGUAUCUUCCCCCAAGCUUCCUAGAAAGGAGCAGAAGAAAACACAUAUAGAUACCCCAAGUGGUCCACCUUCCAAGCAAAAUAUUGCUAAGCCGUCACCUCCAGGAUUCAAGCUUAAUCCUGAGGGUAACAAUUUCGAUAAAGAGUUUCCCAAACUACCAGGAAAACAAUCUGCUUCCGCCAAAAAACAGACAUCGGAAUCUGAAAUACCGACCACUGAUGGACGUAUCUCAUUCAAAAUGAUCGUUGAAUGGAUAUUUACCACUUUUGGUCUAUCUGAUUCCCUCAAGAGUAUGAUUUCGGCUUGGCUUCCAACAAUUUGCAUGCUGGGUAAGCAAUUAAGCACCAAAUGGCCCCUCCUCGCGUUCGUAUCCUUCGAUGUCUAAAUUAGACAGCCGAAGUGACGAAUCGACAACAAGGAUCAUACAAUGGAACUGUAGAAGCUUGAUCCCCAAAUUAGAUAAAUUUAAACUCCUGCUUCACGAUAGCAAAUGCGAUAUUUUCGCGCUAUCUGAAACAUGGUUGUCAACUGAUACGACACUUGCCGUUCAAGACUUCAAUGUCAUCCGUUUAGACCGAGGAAACUCUUAUGGCGGAGUGCUCCUUGGUAUCAAAAAAUGCUACCCAUUCUUCCGAAUUCCUCUCCCAGCAAUUGAUGCAAUAGAAAUUGUUGCUUGCCAUAUAACAAUUGCUGGGGAGGGCCUCACUGUCGCAUCAGUCUACAUUCCGCCUAGAGCGGUUAUUAACCGGUUGCAGCUGUCACAAAUAACGGAACUGCUUCCGUCUCCACGCCUCAUCCUGGGAGAUUUCAAUUCUCACGGUACGGCGUGGGGCGCACCCAGGGAUGAUAGCCGCGCUGUUCUUAUUGAAAGCUUUCUCGAUGACUUCGAUAUGACCUUAUUGAACAUACCUGGGUUAGCUACGAGAAUUGCAAGGCCUCCAAUACGAGAGAGCACAUUAGACUUGUCGAUGUGUUCCUCCUCAAUGGCUUUGGACUGCAAAUGGGAGAUUAUUCAAGAUCCCCACGGUAGCGACCAUUUGCCAAUCAGUAUUUCGAUUAAGAGCAGGCUCCAUUCUGCUACCACAGUCGAAGUAGAGUAUGAUCUUACCCGGAAUAUUGAUUGGGAAAAAUUCUCGAACACAAUAUCCCAGGGUCUCGAAACAACGGAUGAGCUUUCUUCAUCCGACGAAUACAACUUCCUUGCAACAUUAGUGCUAGAUAGCGCGUUGCAAUCUCAGAAGAGGCCUGCCCCUGAGAACAAGUUGAAAAUUCGUCCCAACAAGCAAUGUGGGACAAAGAAUGCACCGAGAUAAAAAAAGCUCUAAAAGCAUCAUACAUAGCAUUCAGGGAUGGUGGUUCAAUUGAGCUUUAUGAUCAGUUUAGGGAGCUGGAAAUAAAACAGUCUAAGCUACACAAACUGAAAAAAAGAUCAUUCUGGCAAAAUUUCAUAAGCUCGUUACCCAGAGAUGCUUCUAUGAGCUAUCUCUGGAAUACGGCUCGAAAAAUGCGCAAUAGGUCGGACAGUAAUGAGGCUAAUGAAUACUCUGAACGUUGGAUCUAUGAUUUCGCGAAAAAGGUAUGCCCAGACGCUGUCCCAUCACAGCAAAAAUUUAGCGAUACAACAGCUAUUGAAGAAUCAGAAUUUACCAUGUUGGAGUUUUCAAUUGCCCUCGCGUCUUGCAAGAACAAGGCUCCAGGACCGGACAGGAUCAAAUUUAAUUUGAUGAAAAACCUGCCGGACUCGGCCAAGCUACGAUUUCUUAAACUGUUUAAUAAGCUUAUCAGGAACAAUAUGAUUCCGGAAGCUUGGAGACAGGUUAAGAUUAUCGCAAUCAAAAAGCCAGACAAACCUGCCGCAGAUCACCGCUCGUACAGGCCGAUUGCGAUGCUCUCAUGCAUACGCAAAUUGCUUGAAAAAAUGAUCCUGCGUAGACUUGACAACUGGGCAGAAACAACUAACCAACUAUCAGAGACCCAGUUCGGCUUCCGUAGGGGCAAGGGCCCUAACGAUUGCCUGGCAUUGCUAGCCACAGAAGCGGAAAUGGCUCUUGGCAGCAAACAACAAAUGACCUCGGUUUUCCUGGAUAUCACAGGCGCAUUUGAUUCAGUUUCAAUCGAAAUUCUUUCCGAGAAACUGCAUCAGAGAGGAUUCUCCCCUAUAUUAACAAACUUUUUGAUCAACCUGCUGUCUGAAAAGCAUUUACUUUUCAACCACGGUUCUUCAACAAUAACACGAACAAGCUACAUGGGUCUCCCCCAAGGCUCUUGUCUGAGUCCGCUGUUGUACAACUUCUACAUCAGUGACAUCGACACAUGCUUGACGGACGGCUGUACAAUGCGCCAGUUAGCUGACGACUGCGUUGUAUCAGUCACGGCGACUCUAGCUGUAGACAUGAAAAACAGCCUGCAAAAUACGCUAGAUAAUCUGACCGGUUGGGCCAGUUGUCUUGGAAUCGAAUUCUCGCUUGAAAAAACGGAGAUGGUAGUCUUUUCAAAAAAGCGACCACCACCUCGCUUCGAGCUAGUUCUGUCCGGAAUACCCAUCACUCAGUCACCUAGCUUCAAGUAUCUAGGAGUAUGGUAUGACUCUAAGUGCACAUGGGAAAAACAUGCCAAUUACCUGAAGCAAAGAUGCCAACCGAGAAUUAAUUUUCUUCGGAUGGUAACAGGAACAUCAUGGGGAGCGCAUCCAGAGGAUUUAAUACGACUCUACCAAACCACUAUUCUCCCCGUAAUAGAAUACGGCAGCAUAUGCUUCAGAGGAGUCGCAGCCUCACACAUGCUGAAGCUAGAGAGGAUACAAUACCGUUGUUUGCGUAUCGCUCUAGGCUGCAUGCAAUCGACACAUACCAUGUCCCUAGAGGUCAUUGCGGGAGUACUACCACUCAAAGAGAGGCUAUUCGAGUUGGCUCUUCGUUUCCUCAUCAGAUCGGAGAUAGCAAACCCAAUGAUAAUCGAGAACUAUGAGAGGUGUUUGGAAGUUGUUCAGAAACCCUGUAUGUCAGUAUACCAGCGGAUCAUGACCAUGGAGAUAAACCCUUCGGUUGUUGCUCCAUCCCGUGAGAUUUCAACAUCGCUCAACAAUUCUUCUGUUGUAUUUGAUUUGACGAUGAAACAAGAAAUCCAUGGAAUUCCCGAACACCUUAAACCAACAGUUGUGCCAUCAAUAUUUUCGGCAAAAUUCGGCCACCUCCCAGUACAGAACUCCUUUUUCACGGACGGAUCUGUGAUGGAUGGACAAUCCGGAUAUGGCGUUUUUAACACAGAUCAUCACAUAUCCCGCAAACUGGCACAGCCUUGCUCCAUAUAUGUAGCUGAAUUAGCUGCCAUACACAAUUCGCUGCGAAUUAUCGAGCUCAAGACACCAGGCAAUUAUUUCAUCUUCUCGGACAGCCUCAGUUCUAUCGAAGCUCUCCGAUCGAUUAAACCGGUCAAGCACCCGUCCUAUUUCCUUCCGGAAAUUAGACGGAUAUUAGAAGUGCUGGUUGAUCGGUCUUUCAUUAUCUGCUUUGUGUGGCUCCCCUCUCAUUGCUCAAUCCCAGGCAAUGAAGAAGCUGAUUUAUUAGCGAAAAGGGGUGCCAUAGAAGGAGAUAUAUUUGAUAGACCGAUCAUCUAUACCGAGUAUUUUCACCUGCCUCGACAACUGGCCCUGGCAAACUGGCAGGAAAAAUGGGAUAAAGACGAUCUUGGGCGAUGGAUGCACUCGAUUUCGCCCAAAGUGUCUACAAAAGCUUGGUUCAAAGGGUUAGAUUUAACUCGAGAUUUCAUUCGAGUUAUUUCGCGCCUAAUGUCCAAUCACUAUGUUGCAAACGCACACCUUUAUCGAAUAAACUUAGUCGAUAGUAAUCUGUGCGAAUGUGGAGGGUACGAAGAUAUAGAUCAUAUAGUCUUCGUAUGCCCUAAGUACCACAGAGCAAGGACCAAGCUUAUUGAUUCUCUCCGAAAACAGAAAGUGACAUUUACAAUGCAAGUACGGGAUGCGCUUGCUAGCCGCAACCCAGCGCUUGUAAUACCUAUUCAUGACUUUUUAAGAGAUAUCAAGUAUCGAAUUUGAUUAUCUCCUUGCUUCUUCUUCUUAUUUUUCCAACACAACCUCCAUCAAAAAGUUUCACACUAAUUCUGUUCCUUUUUUUUUUCUUUUAUU